AUGGACGAGUUUUGAUUGAAUAAGUAUUGAUUGAUUGAUUGAUUGAAGGAGAAGGAAAGAAGAAGAAAGAUGGAUUAUGUGUAUGGACCAGGGAGGAACCAUCUAUUUGUUCCUGGACCAGUGAACAUCCCUGAGCCAGUAAUCAGGGCCAUGAACAGGAACAAUGAAGAUUACCGUUCCCCUGCCAUCCCUGCUCUCACUAAGACUCUCCUUGAAGAUGUUAAGAAAAUCUUCAAGACCACCUCUGGAACUCCUUUCCUCAUUCCCACCACUGGUACUGGAGCAUGGGAGAGUGCCUUGACAAACACAUUGUCACCAGGUGAUAAAAUUAUAUCAUUUCUCAUCGGACAAUUCAGUCUGCUCUGGAUUGAUCAGCAGCAACGCCUCAAUUUCGACGUCGAUGUCAUAGAAAGUGAUUGGGGACAAGGUGCAAACUUAGAUGUUCUUGAAUCAAAACUAGCAGCAGAUAGGAACCAUACCAUCAAAGCUAUCUGCAUUGUUCAUAAUGAGACUGCAACUGGUGUCACCAACAACCUGUCUACUGUAAGGAAAUUGCUCGAUGAGUAUCACCACCCGGCGUUGUUUCUUGUCGAUGGAGUAUCAUCAAUAUGUGCACUGGAUUUUCGUAUGGAUGAAUGGGGGAUCGAUGUCGCCUUAACUGGUUCGCAGAAAGCUCUGUCUCUGCCGACAGGUAUUGGACUUGUAUGUGCUAGUCCAAAGGCAUUAGAAGCAACAAAAACGGCAAAAUCAGUGAGAGUGUUCUUCGACUGGAAUGACUACUUGAAAUUCUAUAAACUCGGAACAUAUUGGCCAUACACACCUUCAAUCCAAUUACUUUACGGGUUUCGAGCCGCUCUCGAUCUUAUAUUUGAGGAAGGACUAGACAACGUGAUUGCACGACACACCCGAUUGGGUAAAGCAACAAGGCUUGCUGUUGAGGCAUGGGGAUUGAAGAAUUGCACACAAAAGGAAGAGUGGUUCAGUGACACUGUGACUGCUGUGGUUAUACCUCCCAACAUUGAUAGUUCUGAAAUUGUUCGAAGAGCAUGGAAGAGAUACAACUUAAGUUUAGGACUUGGAUUGAAUAAAGUUGCCGGAAAAGUAUUUCGAAUUGGACAUCUCGGAAAUCUUAAUGAGUUGCAAUUGUUGGGAUGUCUGAGUGGUGUGGAGAUGGUUCUGAAGGAUGUUGGAUAUCCAGUUAAACUUGGAAGUGGAGUUGCAGCAGCCGCAGCUUUUCUUCAGAAUAACACUCCUUUGAUCCCUUCAAGGAUAUAAUAAUAUUAAAUAAUAAUAAUAAUAAUAAUAUACUACUAAUAAUAGUAGUAGCAUUUGAUUUCAUUUUCCUUUGUCUGUAUAAAAGGAUGACAGUUAUAACCUUCAGUCUUGGAAUGUUGGAGGCAUGAGGGAAUAAUCCCCUAUUUGGUCCCUGUAUUUUACUUAAGUGGCCCUUUUGGUCCCUCUA